CUUGAAUUGGAUGAUCUGAUGGGCUCCCGGCAACAUCUCCAAGCUCCAUACCUCCCGACCUCGCCUACGUAAAAAGUGUCAGAGCUCCCCCGAGAGCCCCAUUCUGUCCUUCAGUCCCGUCCAGACCCGACUACUCGACCUCGACGCCGAUUACAUACUUGCCGAAACCGGACAUCCUAUAAAUACAGCUUCAAAGUCGAUCCAAUGGCGCCCCCGUCGAACCCCCGCAGCGUCUCGGACGCGACACGCUUCACCCCGACGACUCCCCAUGCCAGCUCCAAGUCCGCGGAUCCCCGGCUCAACACCCCCAAGGGCUCGCCAACAGGUCCCAAGGAGCCCAAGAUGCCCGGCACUCCCAAGUUCGUCGAGACACCAGAGCAAAGGGUUGCGCGGUUAAGAGCUGCACACUUGAAGGCGAAGCAGGCGCAGGUUUCGAGGAUGGAUCGGAUCAUCGACGGCAGCAGACGCUUCUUCGACUCGGCUCACAAGGUCACCGUCUUGGGGUUGAUUGGUUUCACAGUGAUGGCCGGCCUGGUAACCGCCUACACCGCCGCCGACAUGAUGGUGUACAACAAGAAGCGCAAGGCCGAGUUCAUCGAGGCGCAGAAGAAGAUGGAGGCUGAUUCGCUCGAGGCCGCCCGCCUGGCCUACAUCACCGGCAAGGCGACCGAGGAGCAGACCGCGCUGGUGGAGGAGUACCUGGAGCGUGAGCGCGAGGCCGGCCGUCCGAAGCCCUCCAUUUUCUCCAAGCUCCCCAGCGUCAUCGGCGCCCCGACUCCCAUCACGAACGAGACGACAGAGCAGACGACAACGAGCGUAUCAGAGGCGGCGACAUGGCCCGCUGCGACAACACCGAAGGCGACCGAGGAGCAGCCUGCGGCGGUGGAUGCGGCUACCACGGAGAAGUCGGGACUUUGGGGCUGGCUUACCGGCUCGCUGAAGAAGGAGGAUGUUGCCGCGGGUGCGGGACAGCAAGCCCCUACACUGGUCGGUGCUGUGAAGCAGGAGACGAGCGCCAUCAAGGAGAAGGCGCAAGCGGCGUUUGAGAAGGAGAAGGAGAACCAGAGGAAGGGUGGCCCCCUUGACAAGGUGGGCUUGCCUGAGCAGAAGUGAGUGAGCUGAAGCGGAUGGAGAAAGGGAUGAAGAGGUCAAUCUUUGGGUGGACGAAUGAAGAUGGAGCGGUCUUUCAUGACCGUGAGGGACGAAGGAGUAGGGUCAUCAAGCCGAUUUGCUCACGAUGGCCAUCUCCUCGAAACCCGUCUUACGGGCAGCUUGGCCGUUUUUGGUCUGGCGAUCUUUGGCAUCACCAUGCCUCUGAUAUGAUCAAGGGAACUUCGCAUUUGAUGAGGGUAAACACAUGUUGGGCG